AGGGGUGACGUAAUCACGCAGAAGACGUCAGUGUCUGCAGAGAGACAGGAAGGGAAGGAAAGCUUAUUGUUGUCUGCUUGUAAACAGAACUCGGGGAGCCGACUGCGAUAUGGGGGCCGUGCUGGGCAUCUGCUCUGUCGCUAGCUGGAUUCCAUGCCUGUGCAGUGGUGCCACGUGUAUCUUGUGCCGCUGCUGCCCCAGCUCCGGUAACUCCACGGUGACCCGUCUCAUCUAUGCAUUCCUAAUGUUGCUGGGCACUUUCCUGUCCUGCCUCAUGCUCACCCCCGGGAUAUCGGACCAGCUGAAAAAGAUCCCGGGGUUCUGUGAAGGAGGCCGUGGCACAACUAUUCCCAGUGUUAAUGGCUAUGUGGACUGUGACGUGCUGGUCGGUUAUAAGGCUGUGUAUCGCGUAAGCUUCGCCAUGACCCUUUUCUUCCUAGUCUUCUCCUUGCUCAUGAUUGGAGUGAAGACCAGCAAGGACCCCCGGGCUGCAAUACACAAUGGGUUCUGGUUCUUUAAAGUGUUGGCCAUUGUUGGUAUAAUGGUGGGAGCUUUCUACAUUCCAGAGGGACCCUUUACUAGAACUUGGUUUGUCUUUGGAUCAGGAGGGGCUUUUUCCUUCAUCCUCAUCCAGUUGGUGUUGCUUGUGGACUUUGCGCAUUCCUGGAAUGAGUCCUGGGUGGAGCGCAUGGACGAGGGGAAUUCCAAAUGCUGGUAUGCAGUCUUGCUGUCGGUCACCGGCCUGCUGUACAUUGCAUCAAUAACAUUCUUCGCCCUCCUCUAUGUAUUCUACACUGUGCCUGGGGAUUGUGCUAUGAACAAAUUCUUCAUCAGUUUCAACAUGAUCCUCUGCUUGAUCGUAUCGGUCAUCUCAAUCCUUCCCAAAGUUCAGGAAGGUCAACCACGCUCUGGGCUCCUUCAGUCCUCUGUGAUUACCCUGUACACCGUUUACCUGACCUGGUCUGCCAUAUCCAAUGAGCCUGAUCGUACAUGUAACCCAAGCUUGAUGGCCAUCCUGAACAAGAUUACAGCUCCUACACUGAGUCCUCCAAAUGGGACCUUCCCGGCAGGUCCCACACCCGAGCCUAUAAAGUCCCUGCAGUGGUGGGAUACUCAGAGCAUCAUCGGCCUGGUCCUGUUUGUGCUGUGCCUUCUGUAUUCCAGCAUCCGAAACUCGACCAACAGCCAAGUGAACAAGCUCACCUUAUCCGGCAGUGAAACACCCAUGCUGGAUGACACCGUAGGAAACGGCUCGGACGGCGAGGAGGGGGAGGUGCGUCGUGUGGUGGAUAAUGAGAAGGAUGGCGUCCAGUACAGCUAUUGCUUCUUCCACUUCAUGCUGUGUCUGGCUUCCCUCUACAUUAUGAUGACCCUCACCAACUGGUACAGCCCGGAUGCAGAUUUGAAGACUAUAACAAGCAAGUGGCCGGCUGUUUGGGUGAAGAUCUCCUCUAGCUGGGUGUGUCUAUUGAUCUACACCUGGACACUGAUCGCUCCCGUCAUCUGUCCCAACAGAGACUUCAAUUAGAUGUCUCCCAAUCCGCCUUGUCUUUUUUGUUAACAACCCUCCCCGGUUUUAAAGUCUGCUCGGGGUGCACCCGUCAUCAAGAAAGCCAAAUUGAUUCCUAAACAAUUAUCUUACAGCAGAUCACCCAAAAGUGCCUGGACCUAGAUUUUAUUUUCUUGUCAGAAUUGAUGUGCAAUAUAGGGGGGGCCCUCCCUAGCUCAGGAGGUCAUUGAAUGAUAAUCU